AUGGUUUCCCGGCAUCGCUCUGGUCGGCGCAGGUCUGCUGCCCUAGCAUUUGUCGUAGUGACCGUCAUCUUUCUCAACUACGGAGGAUUCUUGUCAUUACCUUUCAGUUUCGAAAAAGCCAAACCCGACCGACCUGAUCUCAAUCUUGCACCAUCGUGUACCCCCACUCUCGACCAUCUUCGACGUUCUGCCUACGGCUUGACAAGGGACGUUAUCUACCAAAAGCGAUGUAUCCGCCCUGUUGUGGACAAGAAGCUCGAUAGCCAGGUUGUGUCACAGAACCCAGACACCUUGAUCAAGAGCGGCCAAAUCGUCCAACUUGACCAGGCUUGUGAAGGAUGGACCGAACCCACUUGCGAACCUGUCACCCUGAAGGUUCCUCCGCCAUACCCUCAAGAGGAUUACUCGGGCUUUUUGUUUGGCGUUGCGACAAGCCUCGAUCGGUUGAACGAAUCGAUGUCACAGUUUGAGAGCUGGCUCGGCAAUACCCAUGCACAGUUAUUGGCAGUUAUCACAGAUCCAGGCGAUGAACCCAAAUACAAGGAGGUUACAGAGUACUUCCGCAAGCAUGGGAUUAACCUCAGCAUCAAGGACCCAUGGAACAAGGCCAUCACUUCGAACGAGCAGCAUUUCGCCAUUAUACGCGACCUUCUUGAACACAGUACACCAAAGACCCAGUGGACUGCUAUUGUGGACGACGAUACUUUCUUCCCUUCUCUCUAUCCUAUGAGCAAGAUUCUCGCCAAACACGACCACAAGCUUCCGGCGUACGUAGGUGGGCUAUCAGAGAACUACGACGCAGUCAAGCACCACGGCUACAUGGCUUUUGGAGGAGCAGGAGUCUUCCUCAGCCAAGCCCUGCUUCGCGAGCUGAAUCCUCAUCUUGAGGAUUGUCUCAAAGUCAACCACGUGCCUCAGGGUGACGGUUUACUCAAGCAGUGCAUCACCGCCAAGACAAAGACAAAGCUCACGAUCGUAAAGGGCCUCCACCAGUUGGAUAUGGGUGGAGAUAUGAGCGGCUUUUAUGAGUCUGGACGUCUUCCAAUGAGCCUCCACCACUGGAAGUCAUGGCAUCAGGCUCCUGUUGACAAGAUGGUCAAGAUUUCCGAAUUCUGUGGCAGCUGCUUCCUGCAGCGUUUCACAUUUGGCUCUGACACAGUUUUGACCAACGGCUACAGUAUUGUUCAGUACUCCGCAGGUUUGGAGAGUGUUGACUUGAACAAGAUGGAGGGCAGCUGGGAAGGCGCCAAGGGCUUUGACUGGAGUCUGAGCCCUAUGAGGUCCAAGAUGGAUCGACGCUUGAAGAAGAGCUAUCAUCUGGUUGAUACCGAGAUGGUUGGAAAGAACAUCCGUCAAAUCUACAUUCACCGUCUAGAGGAUGACAUCCCAGGCCCUGGAGAAAAGGUGGCCGACCCCAAGAACCCCCAACCAAAGAUAGAAGAGAUGAAGGACGAGGUGAUAGAAUUGUUGUGGGAACUGUGA